CCCUGGUCAUUGUCCCUUAACGGGCCACUCUCCACAUGCCGGGGCUCUUAAACUUCCCCAAACUCACUUCUUCAGUUGGUGCAAUCCAUCUAAAUGAAUCCAACAGACAGCAGGGUUUCUGGUGUGUCAGGCCUCCAUGAUGGAGCGUGUGAGGGCAGAGGGACACCGCUGAGGUCUCUGGGUGAGCGUAUCGCUGAAGGACAACACCUCCACGCAUGUCUCAACUCUUUUUAUCCUUUUCACCCUCCUCGUCGCAUUCCUCCGCUCCUUUGAUUUCUCUGAGUGUGUGUUUGAGGCUGGUGGUUCUGGGUUCACUGCCGCUGUCGUCGAUGCAGCGUGUCACUUAUCACGGCACCUAGUCCCUUCUCACUGCAACAUCCAGUCCCUUCUCACGGCACCUAGUCCCUUCUCUCAGCAACAUCCAGUCCCUUCUCACAGCAACAUCCAGUCCCUUCUCACAGCAACAUCCAGUCCCUUCUCACAGCAACAUCCAGUCCCUUCUCACAGCAACAUCCAGUCCCUUCUCACAGCAACAUCCAGACCCUUCUCACAGCAACAUCCAGUCCCUUCUCACAGCAACAUCCAGUCCCUUCUCACAGCAACAUCCAGUCCCUUCUCACAGCACCAUCCAGACCCUUCUCAUGGAAACAGCAGGAUUUGGAAAGCUGCUGUCUGGAAGUUGUUUUUAUUCAAUUAAUUUUAUGUUUUUUGGGCUUCAACUUAAUUUUUUGAUGACUUCGAUGAUUUUAAUGGAAGUCGUUUUGUUUACUUUGUUCUCCCCUUCUCUUUCUCUCUCUUUUUCUCUCUCUUUCUCUCUCUCUCUCUCUCCCUCCCCCCCCCCCCCUCUCUCUUUCUCUCCCAGUCUUUUUCCCAGAACUGCUGUAUGUGCAGGUGUUUUGUCUUUAGAGGCUUGCCACAAAUAUCCCAACUAUUGUAACUAAUAAUUUUGUGUCAUAACUGAUUUAAACUCAUACCAGACACUUCCCCAUGUUGGGGUAACGAGUGACUACACAACUACACGCUAUAAUUAUUGAUUACUAUCUUUAUUAUUCUGGUUGUUUUAAACAUUUUUCUAGGCAUUUCUUCAAACAUUUUCAACCGUAAGUACUUUGGAUGUUCCCCAAACAGAAGCCCAAGGUGACUUCAGUCAUUAAACAAGCCCAGCAUGUGUUUGUUUAUUCAUUCCUUCAGUAAAUUGUAUUUCCUGAGCUUUCUCUGCCAAACAGAAGAGUAUGAGCCUGUUAUUAUUGCAUACUUUUAUUAUGAUGCGCCCCAAUAAGCAUAAAAUGAAUGCAAAAUUAUACUGAGCCUUCACAACCUUGAGUGAAGCUAUUUAUUUGAUCAGUUUUAAUGCAAAUAGAAUACUGGGAAGCUCGUUUUAAUGGCACAAUAAACGAGAACCACACAAUGGCUGUAAGUUGCGCGAGGGAUGUGAGAUCACUUCGCUGCGUGCACGGAGGCUGUUGUAAAGACAUUCACACCUAGCUUUCAUUUAAAUGCGGGAUAAGUUAUAGCACAUUAUGGAAAAAGGGAGUACGACAACAACCUGCAUUUCAAUACUGUCUGGGAGAGCGAGGCCGAAUCCACAAACGCAGCGGCCUCUAGGAUGUCGUUUUAAGAAAGGAGUUGAAAUAGCCUAGGUUUUUAUUUAUUGCCUAAUAAUAAAAAUGACAGAAAUUAAAAGUUAAGUGCAAAGAUAGGUUACAAUGUUAUAAUUAUUCCACUAUUAUGCGUUCACCCCAGCAAUUCUUAUUAAUAAUCUGGCCGAAAAACCCCAAAUAAUUUCUAUAUUCAAAUGAUCUUCAAUUUUCAAAGAGAUAACAUUGGCCUAAAGGUAAAAGGUUUUGCUCAACACCCUUCCUAUAUAAUUGUGUACUGAAGGAAAAAUCGUCUCCUACUGAUGGUCGGUGAAGAUUACCCUAUCAGGUGCAAACCGCUGAAGUUUCCACCCACUACCAACAAAAAACCUCCCCGUGCCCAAAUCCUGAGCCACAGACUCACAGUGACAGGCACUAACCACACCAUCGCCCUGCUUCGAGGAUCUGUCCUAGUGUUUUAUACAGGCUCUAAUUUAAACACUCCGGAUAACGCUGAAGUUAUAUCAAAACGCGAGGUCUUUUCCCAAAUCCUUUUCUACUUGUCCUCGAGCUCUCGGCAGAUAAAAAUGACCCUUGCAAGGAGUAGAUAUCCCCCGCAGGCACGGACGGAACUCAGAGCCCUCUAAUCCCCGUAGCAGUACCAUUGUAGGGAUAGGGUGCGCGUACUGGAUGUUUUCAACAAGGAAAAACCUGUAAAGCAAUGGUUGCAAAUUGAAUCUUUCCGCGCCUGGCAAGAAACCGCUUUCAAAGACGGACCGUGAGAGCAUCGCCAGGAGAUUUGUUGGAGAGGACGAGACAACACUUUAUUCUUCUGGAUAAUUUCUAACAAGGAAGCACCUAAUGUUGCACUCUUUUACAUUAUUCUACUCCAGUUAUUUAUCACGCUGGGAUUCAAAGGCACCUCCGGAUUUGUUUUAGUAAGGACACUGGCGAACUGUCCCCCACCUCCGGUCUCAGUGGUCUAAAACUGUGGAAACAGGUGUAUUUCAGCAGUUCAAAAUGUCUCUGCUGCCUUCAAGGUUCAUAUACCUGUGUUUACAUUUUCUGGUCCUCUACUUCCAGCUUCAGGAAUCUCAGCAGAGCUCAGCUGAUUUCCGGAUCUACAUCGAGAACCACACCCGGAACCCGGACGACCUGAGCCGGAAGCAGAUCCGGAUCUACCAGCUGUACAGCCGCACCACGGGCAAGCACGUCCAGAUCCUGGGCAAGAAGAUAAACGCCAACGGCGACGAUGGGGGCAAGUACGCUCUUCUUGUUGUGGAAACAGAAACGUUUGGGAGCCAUAUUCGACUAAAAGGGAAGGAAAGUGAAUAUUACAUCUGCAUGAACAAGAACGGGAAAAUUGUUGGAAAGCGCAACGGCAGGAACCAGGAAUGUGUGUUCGUGGAGGAGUUCCUGGAAAAUAACUACACGGCUCUGGUGUCGGCCAAGUAUAAAGGCUGGUACCUGGGCUUCAACAGGAAGGGGAGGCCCAAGAAAGGCUCACGGACCACGCAAACCCAACAGGAAGUUCAUUUCAUGAAACGCCACCCCAAGGGGAAGGUGGAUCCCCUGGAGGAGUUCCGUUUCACCACGGUAACUAAGCGGACACGCAGAGCCCGCCGCUUGAAACCCAAAACAAACUGAAAAGCGACGGAUGGACAGCCAAGCACACUGUUUUCCAAGGAGAGCAAAAACUCAAUGUUUCUCGCAAUAAAACGACGUAAAGACUUCUGCAAAAGAAACGACGACAGGAAAAAUUAACAAAACUUUCAAAGAUGUUUUAUUUUUAUAUUUCAGGAACACUGAUAAUCUCCCAACUGUUGGAUGUUUCUGGGUCAUUAUAAUUGUUAUUGUGUGUUUACUUUAUUUAUACUGGACAAACUAAGGACGACAAAAACCUCUUGUCAUCGCCAUCUUCUGCUUCUCUGAACAGUGAGCUGAAGGCUUAUAUUUUCGACAAUGAGAGGGGAAACAGGAGUUGACUGUUAUAAAAAUCAUCCACUAGAGUUUAUUGGAAUACCUGUUUUGUUUGUGUUACCCCUGACAACAUGGAUCCCAUAUUUUCCACUGGAAUCAGAUGGCAUGGAGACGAAAAGGAGAGAGGUGACAGUAGCAGGUCACACAGUCAACUAAGAUAUCGACAUGUGUAGCUUUGAGUGCAAUAUUUGACAGACCUCCCUCCUUUCUCUCUCUUUCUCUGUCUCUCCCUCCCUCUCUCUCAGUUGAUAACUCCAGCUUGACUCGUGGCCUACUGUAGGUGGAAUGCACUGUGCACUAUGUGAUUUCUUUGACAUUUUUGUGCCAACCUAUGAUUCGGCAGAACCCAACAUGCUUUGACUAGCCAGGCAUUAGCUGGGGCUGUAGUCUUGUUUAAACACAAGAAAACCCAGUCGACUGUUUUCGGACGACCACAGGUCUAGGGGGGGGGGGGGGGGGGG